UGUCAGAGCGCACAGCACAGGCGCACUGUUCAUUGCCAAACACGACUGCAUGGAACUGAGAAGACUUCGCGCUGCAGUCACUUCUCAACACACCUAUUUGUAUUUUCAAGUGAAACGCCGAGUUUAAACGGUUUGGGCGGUUUUACGCGCGACGUCAGCUCCUCAGGUGACUUGAGUUUACUUAAGAAAAACUGUUUUGUGGAAAUCUCGAUCAGUUGGGCUGUUCCCUCAGCAUAAUGUGGGGGAUCCAUAGGACGCGGUAUGCGGACUGCAAUGGCUCUGAAGCAAGCGAAGAGACGGAGAUUGUGGUGAACAUUGGUGGGGUGAAACAGGUGCUGUACGGGGACGUGUUGAAUCGCUUCCCGGACACACGACUGGCAGAACUAGUGGACUGCUCGGUCAAGACCUCUGAAGAAAUAUCUUUAUUGUGUGACGAUUAUGACCCCGAAGCAAGAGAGUUUUAUUUUGACAGAGAUCCCGACGCAUUCAAAUGCAUUAUUGAGUUGUAUUAUUAUGGAGAGAUACACAUGAAAAGAGGCAUCUGCCCAAUUUGUUUUAUGAAGGAAAUGGAGUUCUGGAAAAUCGGCUCGGAUUUUCUGGAUGACUGCUGUAAAAGCCACCUGAGAGAGGUGGAGGAUGAACUUGCAGAGAUUGCCGAGAAAGUGAGAACCAUCCUGGUGGACCGAGAAGGAGAUCCGUCUGCAGGAGGCUGGCAGCGCUUCCAGAUGUGCCUCUGGAGGUUGAUGGAGAAGCCAGAGUCCUCGCUGCCUGCGCACAUAAUCGCAAUAGUGUCUUUUAUCUUCAUCCUCGUUUCCUCCGUGGUCAUGUGCGUGGGGACCAUCCCCGAGCUGCAGGUGGAAGACUCAGAGGGUCACCUCACGGAGCACCCAACUCUGGAGGUCAUCGAGACAGUGUGCAUCGGCUGGUUCACUAUUGAAUACAUCUUGCGUCUGAUCUCCUCCCCAAACAAAAUAAAAUUUGUUCUCGCUUUCAUGAACAUCAUCGACUUCAUGGCCAUCAUGCCCUUCUUCGUGGUGCUGACUCUAACCUCCUUCGGCGCGGGAGUGAUGGAGCUGGCUAACGUGCAGCAGGCGGUGCAGGCUUUACGCAUAAUGCGCAUUGCGCGCAUUUUCAAGCUGGCCCGCCAUUCCUCCGGACUCCAGACACUCACAUCUGCCCUGAAGAGCAGCUUCAAAGAGCUCGGUCUGCUCCUCAUGUACAUGGGCGUGGGGGUGUUCCUUUUCUCUGCCCUGGGCUACACCAUGGAACAGAAUCACCCUGACACGCUGUUUACCAGCAUCCCUCAGUCGUUCUGGUGGGCCGUGAUCACCAUGACCACCGUGGGGUACGGAGACGUCUACCCCAAGACCACUUUGGGCCGGUGCAACGCCGCCAUCAGCUUUUUGUGCGGGGUCAUCGCCAUCGCCCUCCCUAUACACCCCAUCAUCAACAAUUUCGUCCUGUUCUACAACAAGCAACAGGUGCUGGAGACUGCUGCCAAGCACGAGAUCGAGCUGAUGGCACUGCGCACCGGUGACGACGAGUUGAAGGCUGCACCUGGCGCCCAUAAACACGUUUGCAGCCCGGGCGUCUGGGACAACGCCAUGCACGCCUGUCACAGCGACACAUACAUCCCUUUACUGAAGGAUCCCAGGGGGGCUGCAGGCAUCCAGACACCUAGCAUGGAUACGAGCUUUGAAAGCACAGCUGAGGCCGCUGAAUAUUUCAUCUCAUGAAGAUUUUGCAUCAUUUGAAAAAAAAAGAAAAAAAGGAGAGACCUCACCAAAACGUAAACAAGAUCAUGAUGAAUUAUUCAUUUUUUUUUGCAUUGUUCAAACCUAACCUGACAAAUCUUGGGUGAUGAUUAGGCCAUGAUUUGAGACUGUAAAUAUCCAGAAAUAAUAGGACCGCAGUAUUGUCUCCAAAGACCCUUAAAGCACUGGAAGUGUGGUGCCUAUUAAAUGGAUGUACUGUAUGAGAUAUUGACUUGAUGAGCUGUGUCUUUGCGCAGUGAGUCCCUGUAGGCUAGUGGGGUUCCUUCUGAACAGCCAGUGCACUGAUUCCCCCAUGUAGGCAUCUUACAUAACAACCCCCCCAUCAUCAGUUCUCACACUUACACUGUAGGCAGCACUGUAGCUUAUUGUUCUGUAAAUACCACAAUGGAUGUUUUUAAUAAGAAACAUAGGCAACUUCUUCGCCUGGAGAACGCAGGAAUGUAAUAAAAGGUGUACAGAUAUCACAAGAAAAAACACCUCUAGGUACACUAGAGGUGUGGAGGGAAGGACAUACAAAAAUAUCAUGAAUGCUGUUUACUUCUAUUUCUGCCCGUCAUCUGUGUGUGGCAUCGGUGUGAUUUUUGUAACUGACACGACGCGAUUGUGAUCACUCUUCCACUGCAUGGGAACUUUGAAAGCGGCGGCCGUGUCAUCGGACUGAAGCCUCUUGUUGAGCUCCCACUGAUGACCCCAGGAUCUCAUGAUCCCUGCAGGACAUGCUCCUAUAACGGGCUUACAUUUUGCAGCAGCCGUCACCACUCCCUCCUGGAGGUUCAACGAAAUUAACUUGACCAUCAAAUUGCAGAAGGAGGGAUGAAGCGACAGGCAGGAGACUAAAAUUACCCAUAACAGUUGAGUUAUUUAGAGAGUUCAAGUGGAGAACACACCCUGCUGAAAACAUAAAUAAAGAAUAAAUGGAUUAAUUGGUAAGACCUUCUAGACAGCGUGUGUCUUAAUGCCUUACCACUCUUAUUUUGACGAAAGCAUGAAGCCUUUUGACAUUCUGUACCAUGUUUUAAAAUGAACUAAUGGGUGCUAUAUAUAUAUAUAUAAAGGUUAUAUUUUCACUG